CUUAGAAGUUUUUGAGGCCUUGGUUGGUGAGGGCUUUUUUUGGUUCCAGGCGGCGGCGGCGGCGAUGGCUUUAGAAACUGUUCCCAAGGAUUUGCGGCAUCUGCGAGCUUGCCUUCUUUGUUCCUUGGUCAAGACUAUAGACCAAUUUGAGUAUGAUGGCUGUGAUAAUUGUGACUCAUACCUACAGAUGAAAGGUAACCGAGAGAUGGUAUAUGACUGUACAAGCUCUUCUUUUGAUGGGAUCAUUGCAAUGAUGAGCCCGGAGGACAGCUGGGUCUCCAAAUGGCAGCGAGUCAGUACCUUCAAGCCUGGAGUUUAUGCUGUGUCUGUCACUGGCCGCCUACCUCAAGGAAUUGUUCGGGAGCUGAAGAGCCGAGGUGUGGUCUACAAAUCCAGAGACACAGCAAUAAAGACUUAGUGCCCUUGACCCCUUCGUUGUUGAGGUUUUGGCUGAAGAAUUGCUGGGAUACUACUGAUUUUCCUGCCGAUCCUUCAGUCUUAUGAGUGAUGUCAAACAAGAAUAAUUGACUGCAGGGACAUUCAAUUCUGGGUUGUUGAAAGAGGGUUGAAUUUAAAAGAUUAUGAAGACAUCCAGGGAGGAGGAUACUUAUCUGAUCAUGAGUGCUAGACUGUUGUGUUGUGUGUGGGUCAAAGGAUAAUUUAAAAAAUGUAAAUAGUUCAAGUCAGAAAGACUCUCAAGUUCUUUGUUUCAGACCUUCUCUUACUCAGCUGUGAAUAGGGGCCACUUUCUUAACCUUGUUCACAUCUUUCUGGAGUUUAUUAGGCUCCUUAAAUGAUUGCUGACCAUUUUAGUCUUCAUCCAGUGUAUUUUGACUUGUACUUCAUUAGAAGUUCUUGUAGCCCCUGCUUAUCCUACUGACCUGUUUGUGGCCAUCUUUUAGGCCUGACCCUAAGAAUUUCAGUGAUAGAAUUAAAUAUUCCACUGCCUAAGUCUAGAAUAGCAGUGAAAAAUCCAUGAGAAAGUAUCAAACAGUGAUACCUAAAGUAUAUUGGGAGAAGGUUAUGGCUUCAUUCCUUUUUUUCUCCCCUUUUUGCUUUCCUUCCCCGAGGGCCAGGUUUACAUCCUAGCUUUCUUGCCAAUUGUGUAAAUUUUGGAUAAGCCAUACUACCUUUUUCCCAGUUCCUUAAAUGUAAAAUGAUGGGGUUGUCCAUGAUGGCUUCUAUGUCUCUCCCAGUUCUAAAAUUAUCCUCUCUAAUACUUUCCUUCUUAUUUUUCUUCCUAUUAGUCAUUGCCAAAAAGGAUAUAUAACCUUCUGGAACUGGGGAUAGGUCUAUGUGGCACCCUGAAUCCAAUUUAAAUCCAAGAACUUGAAUCCAGACCUUAUCUAGUAAAGGUUUGAGAGGUGGGUGCCCACUGGGAGUUGCUAAUGCGUCAUUUUGUCUUCAUUCCCUUUGAAUUUGAGAGCUUCACUGGAAUCCAAAUGAACUUGAAUCUGGUUUAGGCAGCUUUCCAUUUCUGUCUGCUAUACUCUAACCUCAGUAAUUCCAGGUGGCAACUUCAAAAAGUUCUUGGGGAUUGUCCUUAUUAGAAACGAAUUCUCUUUCUUUUUUUAAUAAACCCUUACCUUCUGUCUUGGAAUCAAUACUGUUUUGGUUCCAAGGCAGAAGAGUGGUCAGUGCUAGGCAAUGGGGGUUAAGUGACUUGCCCAGGGUCACACAGCUGGGAAGUGUCCGAGGCCAGAUUUGAACCCAGGACCUCCCAUCUCUAGGCCUGGCUCUCAAUCCACUGAGCUACCUAGCUGCCUCCUGGAAACUAAUUCUUAUCAGACCUUGCCCUGGGGUCUGACCACAGCCCCUCUUUCCUCAGCUUUUACUAGCUAAUGAGGAAAAGAUCAAAAUCAGACUGUUUAAUAUAGAGUACUACUACUGUAAUAUCUAAUAUAGAGCUAGGACUUCUACUGAGAUCCCCCCUAACUUUAGGUGAUUCAGGCCAAUCUCAGACUAUGGUCACCUAGCUCCUACCUAGCUGCUGGUCUGAAGGACUUGCCUAUUAACCAGCUUAAUCUAGGCUCAUCCCAUCCUCCUAGGAAGCUAUUCCUGCUCACUGGCAGGUGAACCAGAGGCUGGGUGAUGAUUGUCACAUGUCAGCUUUCCACUUAGAAAAAUGAUGAGCCUUAGCAUUGACUUCCUUUCAUCAGUUUAUUGCUCACAUUGUGCUUAUUUUGCCCCUCUAUCCCACUCUCAAUAACUGGAAAAGAUUUCCUUGCAGCUCCACCUGCUGGCCUUGUAGAGUGGUUCUUCGGAUUGACCCAGGCAUUUGGGUCUCCAUGGGCAGAUCCCCAACCUGAUGAUGUUUUAUCCCCUCCCAUUAGAGUGUUUCCGAUGAUGUUAACUUGCUAAAGUUGAGCUAGUCUUACCACAUGAGGACUUUGGACUGAUGAAACUACAAUGUGUAAAGGCUCAAGAGGUAGGCAUCCUGUUGGCCACCUGGGGCUGCUAAUGAGUCAGUUUGCCUUCCUAUGCAGCUUCGACCACCUGAAGCAGAAGAAAGGCCAGACCGGAUAGUGUUCUCCUUGGGGAAAGGCUUGUCCCCGUGGCUCCUGUUCUAUACAGCCCAAAAGGCUUUCCAAAGCUAAAGAAAAUACAACUACUAUGAAUUCAUCACAUCGGCAUCGUUUAAAAAAAAAAUUUAUUGCCAUGCAAAAUCCACUUCCCUUUUGGUCAUUGCUGUAAGUGUACAUUCAUACAUAACCAAAACCCCCAAAUAAAGCCCUAACUGCGCUGAGUGUGAAAGAUGAGUCCAACAGGUAGAGAGUAUUCCCCGUCACAUCUUUCCUGAUUGUCCUAGAUCAUUGCACUGAUUAAAAUCUGUUUUGAAAAUAAGUUCUACAAGACACACAUAUACUGCUAGUGGAACUAUGAAUUGGUAUAAUUGCUGGGAAGUGACUGAAAUAGCCCUACCCUUUGAUCCAAGAUCCUAUUGCUAGGUAUCCUGAGGAGGCCAAUGCUAAAAAAAGAAGGGCCCUACAUAGCCUUCAAAAUGUUUCUGGCAGCAAAGAGCUGGAACUAUUAUGGGUGUUCGUUAUGAAAUGGUUUGACUAGUUAGGGUACAACCGAAUAUUAUGAACUUGGGAAAACAGAGACCAGAAAACUACACCAUAGCUAAAACAAUGUAAAUAGAAAAACAACAAAAUGACUUCCGUGAAGUGAAGGAGAUUGAUUAGGGAAUCCUGCAUAGAAUGUCAGACUUUUAGUCUGUUGGUAUUAUUAAUCUCUUCCCCUUUUGAGAUAGUUCUUUUGGAGUGAGGGGGCCGGGGUUGGGGGGAGGGGGAGAUGGUACUGUGCUUCAGGUUCAAAUGUCACUUCUGAUGCUAUUUGUGUGACUGGGUGUCAUUGAACCUCAGCCUCAGUUUCCCCAUCUAUAAAGUAAUGGGGUUGGACUAAACUGCCAAGAUCUGGUCCCUUCCAUUUCUAGAUCUCUGAUUAUAAGUUACUAUAAAUAUAUUGACAUAUGUAGGGGAUGGACAAAGAAGAUGUAAGUAAAAUUUAGAAUGAAACAUUUUACAUGUAUAAGACCAAUAUGUAGGCGGUACUCUUGCUUAUUUUACUGAGUUAAGCUGCACAUCUUACUAGGACAGCUAGGGGGUAUAGGAGAUAGAGCACUGGGCUUACAAUCAGGAAGAAUCAUCUUCCUGAGUUCAAAUUUGGCCCCAAACCCCUGUGCCUGAUCAAGGCACUUCACCUUCUUUGCCUCAGUUUCCUCAUCCAUAAAAUGAGAUGGAGAGAAAAAUGGCAAACUACUCCAGUAUCUUAGGCAAGAAAACCUUAAAUGUGGUCAACUAAAAGCCGGACAACACUAAAAAAAAGGCUAAACUGACUUAGUGGAGUUAAAUAUCUAAAUGACAUUUGAUAAAAUUCAUCCUUGAAAUAAUCUUGUGUCCUCCAGGUUAGGAACCACCGGUCUAUUAAAUUCUGCUCCUCUCCCUGACCCUUGAGUUUAUGAGGCAAUCGCCCCAGUAUCUGAGCUUCCCAGAAUCCAGAACAGCCUGCUGAUGAAAUAAGAACUUUGGUAGAUUCUCUCUUCAACUAAGCAAGCCAAUAAGUUUAGGGCUCUGGGGAUAGAAUGAUGGAUAGUUUCUGCCUUCAAGAUGCACGUAAUUAUUGAAAGCCACAGCUGAUAUCCACAAAGAUUCUGUAGGACCGGUGAUAAAAAAUGGUAUUUACCUCCAGAGAGAAAACUGAUGAACACUGCAGAUUGAAUUGUACUUUUUAAAACUUUGUUUCAGUUGUGUGUGGAUUUUCUUUUGCAACAUGGAUAAUAUAGAAAUAUGUUUUGCAUGACCUUACAAGUAUAAUUGUUAUUGUCUGCCAUCUCAACGGGGAAGGAAGGAGGGAGAAUUUAGAACUCAAAAUUUUAAAAAAUGAAUAUUAAAAAUUUUACGUGUA